AUGGGCACAGGCGAGCAGGAUGUGGAUGACGGGCUCGUGACGCAGUUGUGCCAUCGAUACUAUCAGGGACUGUACUAUACACAGAUCCAGGAGUCUCUGUUGGUCGUGCUGAAUCCGUUCCGUCCUGCCAUUGAUGUGAACAGCGAAGACAUCCUGCGUGCCUACCGCCGUGAAUUUCGCAACACGCGCAUCACUCAGCAUCAUGCGCCGCUUCCGCCACACAUAUUCCGUCUUGCUCAUAAUGCGUACUUUUACAUGCAGCGUACGGGACAGGACCAGUGUCUGUUCUUUUUGGGCGAGACGGCGAGUGGCAAAACAGAGACACGUCGCCUUGCCGCACAUGCUCUGACUGGACUCGGUGCAGCGCUGCCUGGAAAGCGCGGGGCUCGUCUUUCUUUUCAGCUCCCUGCUGCUCUUUACGCCCUUGAAUGCAUGGGCCGCGUCGUGACGGACGAGAACGACCAGGCAUCCAGUAUGGCUCUGUACACAGAGCUGCAAUUCAGCCAGAAUGGCCGGCUCGUGGGCUUCAAAAUGCUCAAUUACUUCCUGGAGAGUGCUCGAGCCACUGUCCAGUGGGACACGACGUCAACAUUUCACGUAUUUCAUUUGCUAGUGCAUGGCGCCAGUGCUGAGCACGCGCGGCGCUGGCAAAUCAUGCAAGAUACCUCAUUCCGUCUCCUCGAGCAUGUCCAUGACGCGAAAUCGAUGCAGGUGAACACUGAUGCCAAAUUUUCGUUGUGGCUCGACGCGCUGUCACAGCUUGGCAUCACAGCCUCGCAAUGCGACGCGUUGCUUGACGUGCUUGCCGCACUUCUUCACCUCAGUAACAUCGAUUUCGUGCAAGACGAUGGACCCCUUUGCCCUGCCCGUGUUGCGUCAGAAGAGCCUUUGUAUAUUGCCGCAGCGCUCUUGGGCGUUGGUGCGUCGUCGCUGGCUAAUGCCUUGACACAUCAUACACGCGCGGUCAACGGACAGCUAUGUACGGCCCUGCUGGACCGUGAACAUGCAACGAAAAGCCGCGACCGACUUAUGCGUAUGCUGUAUUCCCAAGUAUUUGCGUGGGUCAAUGAGCAUAUCAACUCGUGCUUCUCGCACGAGCAUUUCGACACGUAUAUUGGCCUCAUGGACUUGCCUGGUUGGCGAAAUCGCGUGCGAAACAACCUUGAUGCUAUGGCCAUCAAUUUUGCCUUUGACCUUGUGCAUCGCCACCUGACACACGUCAUGUGCGAUCGCCGCAUUGGCGAGAUGGACCAUGAAGGUCUAUCGCAUCUUGCCCCAUUACCGUCCGCCACAGACGAAUCGAGUUUAUUGCGUUUAUUUACGCACUUCCCUGGAGGUCUUAUUCACAUCAUGGACGAUCAGACACGUCGUCGACCUCGCAAAAACUCGCGUACGAUGGUCGAUGCGAUGCAGCGCCGGUGGGUAAAUCACCGCGCCCUCAAAAUCGAUCCCCCCGAUCACCUUGGUCCUCAGGCGUUUACGGUCAAGCACUUUCACGGCCAUGUGACGUAUGACCCUCAUUCAUGGCUCGAACAGAACGAUGCUUCGUACGCUUUGGAACAUGUGAGCCUGUUUCGAGGGUCGUCACAUACGCGACAAAGCACAUUUGGAUCCUCCAAUGCAUUUGUACGUGGCUUGUUUCGGCAUGUGUCGCAGGAUGCGCAGACUCAUCCUCGUCCGAUGCGAGCGCCUAGUGGCAAGCGCUUGAUGCGCCAGCGUACGCUUCGUGCAGCCACAUCGCGGAAUCCAGAUGAUGACGAUAACGUGUACGGCAGUGCCCUGCAAGAGACCGCAGCAUCCGCUUCAAGUGACGACGGCGCACCGUGUGUACUGGGCGAAUUUUCUGCAUCUUUGAAUACAUUGCUGGAUAUCGUCGACGAGGCUAAAGCGUACUUUGUUUUUUGUGUGCGUCCGAACGCUAAUGGCCUUGCCAAUCAGUGCGAGCCACGCAUGGUGCAGCGUCAAGUACAUGCCUUCGAUAUGUCGCGUUUCUGUUCCAGCCGCCUAAACGACUACAGUGUCACCCUUACCUUCAACGAAUUCUGUGACAGGUACGGGAUUCUGCCUGCUUUUGAAUCCCUGCACAUGCUCGGAGCGCCGGCCGCCGAGAGCAAAAUGCGCGUGAGUGAUGCGUGCGCUUACAUGAAUUGGACGGACGCACACGUCACGAUUGGUAUGCAUAAGGUGUUUUUGUCACAUGCCGUAUUUCGUGAGCUCGAAGACGAGCUGCGCGCGCGUGAUACUGAAGAGAUGCAGUACCAGCUUCGUAAGUCGCAGGCGGACGACGAAGACGCGAAGAACCAGUUGAUCGAUCCAUACUCGCCUUAUGCGGACAUGGCCGCCAUGAACGAGAUUCUUGUAAACCCACAUGAGGAGUAUACGCCACCCGCUGCGUAUUCGUCAUGGGGUGAAUACGAUGAUGACGAGACGCGCGGUCUGAUGGAGGGUCAAUUGCCCGACGAGGAGCUGCUGGACGAUGCAAAGGAUGCCGGUCCAGGUGAAUGUGCGCCGCCUACAGGCGAAACGGUCACAGAGCGCUUACAAGUGUCGAACGAGCGCCGCUUGUGGGUAGCCACAACUUGGUUGUUGACGUUCUGGAUCCCAUCGUUUGUGCUUAAGCGAUUCAAAUGGUCUAAGCGCUCCGAUGUACGAAUGGCGUGGCGCGAGAAGUUAGCGAUCAAUAUGCUAAUUUGGUUCGUAUGUGCAGCAUCGAUCUUUGUGAUUGUGUUCCUAGGCAACGUCAUUUGUCCGAAAGAGCAUUUGUACAGUACAGGUGAGCUGUCAGGUCAUAAAGGCAAAGACGCAUUUACCGCGGUCCGUGGCGAAGUGUUCAACCUGAACGGUAUUAUCGAUGCUCAUCUCAGUAUGAUCCCCAUCAUUUCGCGCAAGGUGCUCAUGCAGUACGCGGGUCAAGAUGCGACAUCUAUUUUCCCUGUGCAGGUCAACGCGCUGUGCAACGGUCCGAAUGGACCCAUUUCGCAAUGGGUCACGAUGGACAGUUCAAACAGCACGGACCCGAACGCGAAGUACCAUGACUUUCGGGCAUACCGUGCCACCGAUGUGCGCCCCGACUGGUACUACGAGCAGAUGUGGUACAUGCGCAAUCGGUACCGUGUGGGAUUCAUCGGAUAUACCCCCAAAGAAAUCGAGCACAUGAAGGAAGAUGGUCGGACGCUCGGCAUCUAUGAUAAGUACAUUUACGACUUAACGGCAUACAUCGGACAAGGUAAUCAGGGCGGCUACCGCAUGCCCCAAGGCGUGGCUCCACCGCCCAACUUAAACCGCACCAUACUGGCGCAGGACGUGGUCGAUCUUAUGGCGCGAAAUCCCGGGAAGGACAUCAAGGACCAAUUUGACAAGCUCCGUCUCGACUCUCGCGUACUGGAUCAGCAGCGCGUGUGUCUGCGAAAUCUCUUUUUCAUUGGUAAGGUCGAUGAACGCAACUCGCCCCGAUGCACUUUUUCGAAGAACCUGCUGCUGGCCCUGUCGAUUGUGAUGGUGGCCACCGUGGGUUUUAAAUUUUUCGCCGCUCUGCAGUUUGUACGAUCGUCACCCCCAGAAGAGCACGAAAAGUUUGUCGUGUGUCAGGUCCCAUGUUACACGGAAGGCACCGAAUCGAUUCGCAAGACGGUCAAUUCGAUCGCACGACUGCGGUACGACGACCGACGCAAGUUGAUUUUUGUCAUUUGCGACGGAAAUAUUAUGGGCGCCGGUAAUGACAAGCCCACGCCACAGCUCGUGCUCGAGAUGCUCGGUGCUGAUCCCGAUGCUCACAGUGAACCGCGCAGUUUUGUGUCAUUGGGACAAGGUGCUAAGCAGCACAAUAUGGCGCGCGUGUACAGCGGACUAUAUGAACACGCUGGCCACCUUGUGCCGUACCUUGUCGUCGUCAAGUGCGGCACGCCACAAGAAACUGCUCGACCUGGCAAUCGUGGCAAACGCGAUUCACAGCUUGUAUUGAUGCGCUUCUUCAACAAAGUGCACUUUGGCUCACCCAUGAGUCCCCUGGAGCUCGAGAUGUACCACCACAUUAAAAAUAUUAUCGGAGUGAAUCCCAGCUUUUACGAAUACCUGUUGCAAGUUGAUGCUGACACAGAGGUCGAGUCCAGUGCAUUAGCCCGUCUUAUUGCUGCUUUUGUGCGCGACAAAAAGGUAAUUGGGCUUUGUGGCGAGACAGCCAUUUCAAACGAGUACCAGAGCAUCACGACCAUGCUUCAAGUAUAUGAAUACUAUAUCUCACACUACCUCGUCAAGGCAUUCGAGAGCUUAUUUGGCUCUAUUACGUGCUUGCCUGGUUGUUUCUCCAUGUUUCGGUUCCGCACGCCCGACACGCAACGGCCGUUACUGGUUUCGAACGCCGUUGUCGACGACUACGCGGAAAAUCGCGUGGAUACAUUGCACCUAAAAAAUCUGCUGUACCUCGGUGAAGAUCGAUACUUGACUACGCUUGUGCUCAAGCACUUUCCGGACCACAAGACACAGUUUGUGCAGCAUGCUAAAAGCUUGACAUUGGCGCCAGAUAGCUGGAAAGUGCUUUUGUCUCAGCGUCGUCGCUGGAUCAAUUCGACGGUGCACAACCUCGUCGAGCUGCUCAAGACACCGCAGUUGUGUGGUUUUUGCUUGUUCUCGAUGCGCUUUAUCGUGCUUAUCGAUCUGCUAUCAACCAUCAUCGCACCCGUCACGAUCGGGUACCUCGUGUACCUCGUCGUUGUCGUCGCUGUGGAUGGCGGCACCAUUCCCAUGACUUCAGUCAUUUUGCUUGUCGCUAUAUACGGCCUACAAGCCGUCAUAUUUUUGCUUCAUCGCCGUUUUGACAUGAUUGGCUGGAUGAUCGUAUACAUUCUUGGUCUGCCGCUGUGGUCGCUGAUUCUUCCGCUGUAUUCCUUCUGGCACAUGGACGACUUUUCAUGGGGAAAUACGCGUAUCGUGACGGGAGAGCACGGUGAAAAGCUGCUAGUGCACCAAGAGGGCUCCUUUGAUGCGAAGGAAAUUCCGCACAGGACAUGGGAAGAUUACGAAAAUGAGCUGUGGACUCACCGCAAUACCGAUGAGGCACCACAGGUGUUGCGUGAGCCGUCACCUACUAUUUUAUCCCACGACAUUGCAUCGACGAUGAAGGCAUGGCCAAAUGUGGCAGAAGAUGCGACGAGCCUGAUAGACGAUGCCGGUGGUAAAUAUGCCAGUGGAGUCAGCACCAUGGACGAAAGUGGUCUCGCUUGGCCCGAUGGAGACCUGCCGAUGCAGCCUACGCACACAGAGUCGGCAGCAAGAGAGGCUCCGCUUGAUUCGCGGCCCGCAGGACGCCUGCCGCCAAACGAAAUCAUUCGCCUUGACAUCCGCCGUAUCAUUGCGUCGAGUGAUCUCACGACAAUCACGAAACGACAAUUGCGGGCUCAAUUGCAGGACAUGUAUGGAUGCCCGAUCGACGAAAAGAAGGCUUACAUCAACACGCAGAUUGAAGCUGCGCUCCGAGAUAUGUAG